GAUAUGGUUGCUCGAACAGGAAUGUAGGUUGAUUCCUCUCGGCGGCGGCGACGACAUGGCUGAAGGGAGUGAUGCGAGGGCGUGGGAGGAGCUGAUCCCCGAUGCCCUGGGCCUCAUCUUCCGCAACCUCCCUCUCCAAGAGAUCCUCACCGUUAUUCCUAGGGUCUGCAAAUCGUGGUCGCGGGUAGUGUUGGGCCCCUACUGCUGGCAGGAAAUCGACAUCGACGAGUGGAGCCAGCACUGCAAGCCAGAGCAACUCGAUAAAAUGCUUCACAUGCUCAUAGAUCGCAGCUGUGGCUCCUUCCGCAGGCUCAGUGUUUCCGGCCUCCAUACUGAGUCCAUGUUCACCUUAAUUGCAGACCAUGCUGGUUCCCUUCAGAGGUUGGAGCUUCCAAGAAGUGAAAUGAACGAUGCCAUUGUCAAACUUGUUGCACCAAGAUUGUGCAAUUUGACUUACUUGGAUGUCAGCUACUGCUCAAAGAUAGGUGCUUGUGCGAUCGAAGCGUUUGGA